AUGAAUAAAAAGGGAUGUCUACAGGAACAUGAAAACAAGACUAUGGUCCAAAUCGACGCAUUCAACAUGAUGACUGUCUCAAAGUACUUCUGUACUCUUCAGGACUUCGCAACACUUGAAAUGGUCUGCAGGAAGUUCAGAAAUAACACGGAGAAGUUCCACUUCAACCCAAUCCCUUUGACUCCAGCCACUAGAAAGUACUUCCCAAAACUGCAGACUCUUCAUUUAUACUCAAACACAGAUUUUGCCUUUGGGAAUUCGCCUGUAUCACAAGACAACACUUCAGUUAAUAAAGAAACCUUCUUUAAAGUGGUUGUGUGGUACGAAGUUAACUACAAGACGUCCCAAAAGAACACAUCAAAUUACGUUUUUGAAAAUGUGACAUACACUCAAAACGACAGAAAACGGUUUGGGUGUGACAUCCCAAAAAAUGUUAAACGACUUGGAGAAAGGUGCUUCGCUGGAUGUGCUCUCCUCACAUCUGUGGUUGUUCCUAAGGGCAUUGAAAGAGUGGAUAAUGCGUGUUUCUAUGGGUGUCUCUCUCUUCAGAGUGUCGAGUUUGCAAACACAGUCCAAGACAUAGGAGACUCCUGUUUCUUCGGAUGCAACGACUUGAAGUCAGUGAAGUUCCCAAACAGUCUCACGACAGUUGGAAAAGACUUUUUCUAUAAUUGUGCUUCUCUGAGAUACGUUGAACUCCCAGAAAAGGUUGUCAGUCUAGGUAAAAAUUGUUUUUAUGACUGUUUAAAACUGAGUAAAAUAGAUAUGCCAACUAGUGUGAGUUACAUAGGAGAAGGUUGUUUUAAAAGUUGUGCAUCACUUAAUAAUGUUAUGAUACCAGAAAAUGUCCAACAAAUUGAAAAAGACUGUUUUAACGAGUGUAGUUCACUUCUUAAUAUUAAGUUACCAGAAAGCUUGAAGAAACUCGAGAAGUCCUCUUUCUCAUAUUGUUCGUCUUUGAAAACAGUCCAAAUUCCUAAAAGUGUUGAUUUCAUUGGGGAAUUGUGCUUUAAUGGAUGUCUUGCUCUGAUUAAAGUUAAUUUUGAGAGUAACACUUGUCGUGUUGGAAAAAAUUGUUUCUUGGGAUGUGAUGGGUUAAACCAGAAAGAUAUUUUGAAGGAAGUAGAAGCAAUAAAUAUUGUGACUGUGUGA